AUGGUCCCGCCCCGGGGGCGGGGCGUCGGUGUCGCACGCGAGCAGCGCCGUUCGCUUGUGCCGCAGGUGUGGCGCUGGGAGAGCUCCGUCCGCGCUGCCGCCGCCCCGGGCUGCCGUAUGGCCGUCAGCAGCGAGAGCAGCGAGCGCCUCACUGCCGUUCUGGGGAGAACCGUGAGACUCACCUUAAAAUGCGGCGUCUUCCAGGGGGUGCUGCAGCACGUGAAUCGCGACCGGAGCCUCCUCCUGCGGACAGUUAAGAACUUGGAAACUGGCAGAAGCACUCCAGGAGUAAAGAUGUUUUUUGGACAUGAAAUAGUCAACGUGGAAUUCCUGGAUGAACCAGAUUCAGAGAAGGGAACAGCAAUGCUCUCUGAGUGUGCUUCAGCUGUUGAAGGGGACAAACAAGCAGACACAGAACCAGCAGACUGUGACCCAUGGAGUUCUCCUUGUGUUUCCCUAGAGAGCCAGCUCAAAGCCUCAAAUAGUUUAAAAUGCUCCCACUCAGAGAAGGAAGAAGAUAAUGUGGAGUACACGGUUGUUGAUUGUUUCCAGCAGAAAUUUGACCCAGCAGUGCUGCACCUGAAACAGCAGUGUGUUGUCAGCAUAGCAGGAGAAGGUGUUAAUUUGUGUCGUCACGGAAAACUGUCAUGGCUUGAGAUAGCAACAAAGAGCCGUAUUUUCCUAUUUGAUAUCUUCCUUCUGGGACCUCAGGCUUUCAAAAAUGGAUUACAAAUGGUGCUGGAAGAUAAAAACAUCUUGAAGGUCAUGCAUGACUGCCGCUGGAUCUCAGACUGCCUCUUUCACCAGUAUGGUGUCCUUCUCGUCAAUGUCUUUGAUACACAGGUUGCUGAUGCUCUGCAGUUCUCAAUGGCAACAGGUGGCUUCCUUCCACACCGUGUCUGCACGUUACAGGAGUGUUUGAUGCAGCAAUUGAAGAUACCUUCCAAAUGGGAUGACAUCAUGAAGUUCUGGGAGCAGAUAGCUUCAGAGAAUCCUGAGAUAUGGUUCUUGAGACCCUUUCCAGCUUCUCUGCUUAAAUCAUUUGCACAGAAGGCUGUGUACCUUCUGCUGCUCCACUCAUCUCUAAUGGAUAACUUGAUGUCUGACCUAACAGCUGUAGUACAUGAUUAUUUAAAUGCUUAUCGGACCAAAUCUGGAGAUCACCUUGGGAGCACAAAGCCCACUUGCAUGGAGCUGCCAGAGGAGUUGCGUCAGCUGGCAGACAUCCAAAAACUUAGAAGGGAAAAAGCAAUAAAAGACUACAGAAUGAAUGGGGAUGGCCUUUUGAUCAGACCAGUCAUGGAAUUAAAAGAGAGAAACCAUCCACAGAAGGAUGGAAACUACAGAGAUGAUGAUGAUGGGGAGGAUUGCUUCCCUACAAAUAAAGCG